AUGGGGGUUGGCGAUUAUGUCCACUCCAAAGAAGGUGGGCAGGCUCACGGCCAAGCCACCCAGUCGCGCCAGCAACGUGCAGAACAAGCCAGAGUCGAGGUACCGGUCACCCAGCUGGUCGAUCCAGGUCCUUCAGGGGCCAAUGGCAGAUCUGGAUCUCUAGAAUUUAACGGUACAUCUCAAUUUCCAAAUCAGUCCCGCAAUCUCUCUACGCAUGGGAUACAGCGAGACAGGGACGUGUUCGACACAGACGUGGAAGCGAUUGAUGAUUCAACCGUGGCAGGGACUAGUGUCUACGGAUUUGAUGACAACAAAUCUCAGGCAGCAUCAAGUACUAAUGCUGCCUACACCAAUCCCGAUCCUCAAUCGAUGUAUCAGCCCCGACCUUCAAUCCAUACUUAUGGGCCUAACUGGUAUGAAGGCCUGGGUGACCAAGCCAUGAAGAAGGCCGGCUUUGAUUCAGAUGACUUCGAUGACUCUGAAAGCCAAAUGACUUCGUCUCUUGGCGGAGAUGGCGGGGAUAAUGAAAAGUCCGACGAAGCACACGACUGGCAUGCGUCGCACAAAUCACGUAUAACCGAGGAGCCAUUGAGCAAGCGCCUAGAGAAUUUCUGGUCCGCCAGCAGAAAGAGAACUUCUUCGCGGCAGCCUGUCACUAUAGACUCUGAUCCCGAGCCUCAGACUCAACCACAACCACAACCGACGUCAAGGCCGCGGAAAUUGGGUCAAAUGCUUCCUCCUACUGGGCCCAGGAAGAUUCUUCUCCCUCACAGCUCGUCAGCAAUACCCAGGACACGUUUCAGCCCGCCAAAGCCUUCACUUCUCGAACAACUCGACCAACAACUCGAUGCAUCACCUACUCGCCAUGACUCUCAACCUCCGCCAGAUGUUGGCCGGACACUCAGCAUUACAUCGUUUCACGAACUUACCGAUAGUGACGGUGGAAGUGACGAUGGCAUGGAGCACACCAUACGCCCGGAUGAACGACGGGAAAGCGGCGGGGUUUCAAUCAGUGCCUUCGAUAUGACCAGUUUAACCGACUUAGACGUCGACCACACCAUGCAGGAUCCGUUUUUUGUGCACGAAUCGCGCAAAUUGCAUGAGCCAUCGCGUCGCAGCCGUCGCAACACUGCCAUCCAUUCGAAAAAGCGAUCACUUGAAGCAGACUACCCUCCAGAAGUGCUUUACCAAAAGUCUUUCUCUGAACUCCAAGCUGAGCCAUUUGACAAAUCGCCGACCCCUCCUCCACCUGUCAUCAAAUCACCUUCCUUGCCGCCAAACCCACCAUCUCUUGUCACAGAUACUGAGGUACCCAAUAAUUCCGUCUCCCAUCUGUUGACUCUGACGGACCAAGAACGCCAAACAUAUUUGUCCCACAUGACCAUGGAUGAAUGGGAAGACUGUGGAGACCAAAUGAUCGACCGUUUCACCCAUCUUCUUUCGGAAAUGAAGAAUUUACGGCGUGCCCGUCGUCGCACAGCUGCUGUGUUUGAAGCCGAAGUCAAGCGCCGCCAUGACCAAGUUGAAACACAAAGUUUGGAAUUGACGAAUAAAUUGACCGAGAUGAGAACUGGCGGUGCAGAGGUUCUGCGUGGACGCCACCCGUGA